CAUUGAACACGCACGUGCACGAUGAAGCCGCUGUUCCGCCACGCCAAGACCACAUCGCCGCGGCAAAGUCUCUCGGCGCAUGGUCGACCCCAAUCGGCCGUGCUCGAUGUCCUCACGCAGCCGGAUCUGCUGCCACUCAUCGCCGCCUACCAAGCCGGCACGUCGCGCGAGCUCGCUCGGAUCUUCAAAAAGUACCGGCAACAGCUCCACAAGCCCGAGUAUGCCAUGGUCAACAGCGACGAUCCGAGCGAGUUUCGCUGCUUUGUGCUCUUCAAGCUCCUCUCGGACGGCAAGACCCCGGGCGUGCAUCUUCUUUUGCGCGAGUUUCCCGACGGCUACAGUUGUCCCAAGAUGAAAGCUGCGGCCGACCUCUAUGCGAUUGACGCCGCAUGCCGCCUCGGCGAUUUGAACGUUGUCAAGUUUCUCCACGAACACCACUUGGGUUUGUGCAGUCAAGCCGCGAUGGACGCGGCGGCGUCCAGCGGAAGCCUCUCGAUCGUCAAGUACCUUCACCGCCACCGCGACGAGGGGUGCACCCCCCUUGCGCUCGCCCACGCCAAGCGCUUUGGGCACAUCAAGAUCUUCAACUACCUCGCCACGCACGUCGCAACAAACGAGACGCCGAUUCGUGAAAAGUCGGCGCUCACAGCCCGCGACACGGUGGCCGCCACGAGCGACUGCUGCAUUCAAUAGUCCCGGCACAUUUAUAGUCUAGUUGGCAGAGUUAAUUUUUCUUAUUUAUGCAAAAUACCGCACAUCAUUGUCAAUACAUUGCCGACAAUUGCUCUUUGGG